AUGCCCAUUGACAAGAGUCGAAAGCGGCAUUUUGGAUAUGUCUUCUUAGAGGUGUCCACACCUCAGGACGUCAUCGCUCUCUUACGACUUCUACCGCGCUUGGGUGAGAUGUUGGGCACAUCGCGGUCCAACCGGCAGCUACACUUGCAUUUCGCACGGAUUCAGGGCUGGAAGAACUUCAUGCGCCAGUACAGCGACCUGGACUUCAUUUUCGAGCCGAAUGCCAAUGUGCGACCACAGUUGUUCCUGCCGCACCGAUCGUCUGAGACCAACGGUGACUUCAGAGAUUUGCUGCCGUCAGAUAUGACCAAGACUUACUUCCAGUACGCCGGUCGAUGA